AUGCAAAGGGAGUUGGAGAUUCUUAUAACCAGGCUCAAAACCAUGGCCAUAGCCGAUAGCCACGAGGAUUAUAACUACCUAGUGUCAUGCGCAGACAAAUGCAACAACAAGUCAAGGAUAUUCGAGCUUCUAAGAAGUAAGAAUAAUUCCCCUGUAGAGGUGGCACCUUUGUUGUUUACAUUUACAUCUAAGCUGGAGCCGGAAUCCGAUGAGGAGUUGCUCUCUAAGAUAACAGAUUUUAUCAGAGGAUGUAAGGGGGCCUCACGAGAUACUUCUGAAUGGAUGGUAAAGAUUCUAUUUUUAAUUCUGGAGAAGAUCAAGGAAAAGAGGAAGGAUUCUGGAAUGAGGCUGAGACUCCUUGAAUGCAUCAGGAUUUAUGGAGAAGACAUAAACUUAGUUAAUCACAUAAUCGAUCUCAUGUGCACAAAGAACAGCGGAGACAUCGUCGGGUCGAUACUUGAAUCUAUUCCCUCUAUAUCAAAGGAGUUCAUUGAGUGCUCUAUGAAGCAAGACAAUCCAGUGCUGCUGAAGAAUCUGUCUAUUGUCCUUCCUCUCCUUUCAGAAAGGGAUAUAGGCCUUUUUGUAAACUAUGAGUUUUUUGACGAGCUUCUUGACUCUGAACACUUUUUCAUGAGGAACUGCUUUCUAGAGAUAUGUGUGAACCUUGUGGAAUACUUUGAGAAGGGAAGAAUGGCUGAGAAGAUAAAUGGGGUUAUAAACAGGGUUGUAGAAAGGCUGCUGGAUACAUAUUUUUUGACAAGAUACAAGGCUCUUCAGGUUCUUGGGAGUCUCUUCCAAAAAAACUCAAUACCUGCUGAAAGAAGGCAUGAGGUUAUCCGAGAGAUUGGAGGGAGAGUGGUGGAUAAAGCUGUUGUGGUCAGAAAGAAAGCCAUCAGUAUCUGCUCUGGGAUACUGAUGAAAUAUCCCCUUGCACCUGAGAAGAGUCCUGAAAAAAAGAACUCGGAGAAUGGAGGUCAUGAGAACAGCGUCAGCAACACGGAGGAUAAGGAAAAAAAAGGAAGGGAGGAGCACUGCGAAGGCCUAAAUGGGUUUUAUGAUGUAAUGAGGGAGAUACAAGACAACGUCCUUGUCCUUUUGAAUUCUGGGACAAAAUCAGAGAUCAGUGAAUGUAUCGAAUUUAUAAAGCUCUCUUUCUACUACAGAAUAGAUGGAUCCAAGGAGGCAUUUGAGUCACUGUUCGACCUUGUGUGGACACACGAUUUGGAGCUUUUAGUUCUGUCGUUCCGAGAUCUUAUCAUGCAAAUGAAGAUGAGUGGUGUUGGCUUGUUCUGGUUUUUCAAGGAAUUUGUAAGAAGAGAAGGAAACUAUUCGUUUGAAAAGAUGCUUGGCGAGAUCAAUUCUCGUGGGUAUAUAGACAAAUUGCUUACAUCUGAGCUCUGCAGUAUGUUUCUAAAGGAGGCCCAUUUGUUUGAAGCAUCCUAUCUAUUGAGACAUAUUGGCAGGCCUCUUACAGUGGAUGCAUACCGCACCUUACUCCUGUUCUGCACAAGACUAUUAUUUUCCGUACAGGGAGAAAAAGACUUGCUCGAGAUGCUUUCUGUAUACAAGAACAUAAUCCAGAUAAAGAUUCGGGAAAGAGUUGAAUUUGAUGGAGAUAUAGUUGAGACACUCAUCAAGAACCUAUCGAAGAUGACGUUCUUUGAGCACCAAGUAACCGAGAUAACUGUUUCUGUGAUAUAUUCGAUUAGCAGGUUUCCAGAAAAGAGUGGCAUAAUGUUACUUGAGAAGCUUUGCAUGAUGGAAAAGAGCAUUCUUAAGGCCAUUUCUGUGGUGGGAUGUAUUGGAAUAAAGCAUAUGCAAUAUCUAGAUAUGCUGGAAAGGUUGGUAAAGUCUAAUAGAAUAAAGGUCAAAGUUGACAAAGCUGUAAUUACUCCGGAAAUAGUGGAGAGAAGAAGAAGUAUUAAUGCAUCGAGGCAGAGUAUCAGUACUAUUCUUGAGGAAGAUAAAGAUGGAAACAACACGGCUGUGAGCGACCCGGGUCUUGACAAAGACAUCUCUUCUAAAAUUGGAGACAGGAGUGAGGAGGAGAUUGUUGACUUCUUCUUCUAUAUCAAAGAGAAGGAAAUGCUUUAUGGAAGAAGCAUUCUUUCGAUCUUUAAGCAAAUUGUUGAGGAAGGAUGCCACUCCAGCGAUGAGGAAAUUCAAGUUGCAGCACAUGUUUCUCUUUGCAGGCUUAUGUGUGUCAGCUUUGAAUUCUUUAAUGAGCAUUACGAUUUCUUCAUUCGUUCGAUGAAUCAUUCCGUUCCCAGGAUCAGAGCAAAUGCCGUUGUUGCCAUGGGGGAUUUUCUGUUGAACUACAACACCACUGCCGAGAAGCACACCUAUCUUCUCCUUGAAUUACUCAGCGAUGCGAACUCUGAUGUCAGGAAAAAUGCCCUCCUUGUGGUCCACAACCUACUUAUGAAGAACAUUCUCAAGAUUAAGGGAUAUGGUGUUAAGCUUACACUGCUUUUAGCAGAUGAAAAUAGAGAGAUCAAAGAAAUGGCAGAGAACCUUCUGAUACAAAUGUCAAAGAAGGAGAACAUGAUGGCCAUUCUUCUCUAUGAGACAAUAAUCGAGGGAGGAGGUCAGCUGCCUCUGGUAAUAGAUUUUCUUGCAGAUUUGGUGAGUGAAAAGCUGAAAGAAAGUUUAUUCUUAAAGGCUCUGAAAUCAAAAGUUGAUGGGGAAACCUUAAAGACUCUCCACAAUGCUUUUAGUCUGGAUGCAAAGGCUAUAGGGGGUGGAAUGCUACCGGGGGAAUCUAAAUAA